AUGGGCAUAGACAGCACGACGGAAACGUUGGAAUCUUACUUCCAUCCGGAUUCCUCCAAGGAUAUGAAGCUUCAGGAACGGCAAACGGUUGUUGUCGUCGUUUUUCUCAUUUUAGUCAUAGGUGGGUUUCUCUUUUACAUCGUCGCGGAAGUCGCCGAGCGAAGACUCUCCGUCGGGGGAAAUGUUGCGAUGAAAGAGAAAUUAUCACCGACGCCGAAAAAUGCGCCGAUGAAUAGGUUUCGAGACAAUAAUAACACGAAGAGAGGUGGGAGGUUAGAUACGAGCGUUCUGAGGACGAACGCGGCUGGGACGGACGUGAUCGUGUGA